AUGUCGGGAAACUUCGACUAUCCUCCCGCUUCCAGUCGCGCCCCUCGUGGCUCUGCCUCCGAACGGCCCCAAGGCCAUCCCAACGUCGCUGCUCGACUGCAGCAUCUUCGGGAUCUUCUAGUCUCGGAACGUGCUCGCGAAAGAUCCGGCGAAACGACCGCCCGUGCUCUCGAAACGCUCAACCAAGAGCUCGAGGAGCUCCGCUCGGACCGUGUCCGGGACCGAUCUAACUACGAACAGGCUCGGGCGGCUGUCGAUCGACAGCUACAGCAGCUCCAGUCCGACUUUUCUACCCGGAGGGCUGAUCGUAUCCGUCGACGGAUCCCGGACCGUGAGCGGCAACGUAAUUCACUGAUGGAGCAGGAACCAGACCCGUCUACCAGCCGUCAGAGGCGCCGUGGGCUGAGGCCGAGCGAGUCUCUGGCAAGACUCAGAGACGGCAGAACGAACAGAACUGGCAACAUGGAUCUGGAUGGGCUCACAGGUCUCCAGCGAGGACUCCAGCAGGCCGCUGCGAGGAUCGGAGAUGCAGAUGCAGCCAUCGCCUCCGCUCUUGAUGAGGCUAUUCCCCGCCUUGAUUCACCAGCAAUUCCCGAAUUCGAGUGGGAUAGCCCUCUCGUUCCGGAUCAUCCCAUGGACUCUCAGGUGAAUGGAUGGAGGGCCAAGCGACGCAAGCUCGAUUCAGACGAUAAUAGAGAAGGCCUGCGGGGCUUCAGCUAUGGGCAUUACGGCCAAGUGGUUCCGGGAGCCUUGAAAAUGGAGAUUGCCAGUUGCGAUGGGGGAACCUAUUGCGGCGACAAUGGUGAAAGCUCUUGGCCGGAGAACGUGUUGCUCAACGACUCGUCCGUCUACUGCACGAAAAGUGACCGGUGUAACCUGAUCUUGAGGCAUCGUGGAGAGACUCCUUUUUGCCUGAAGAAGAUUGUCAUCAAGGCCCCCAAGUCUGGAUUCGAUGCUCCUAUCCAAGAAGGCAUGAUAUUCGUCUCGAUGACCUCGGAUGGAUUGCUAGAACGCACAGAGCAAUACCAGAUUCAGUAUUCGCCACAUCGCCGGAGAUGCCGUCGUAACAGGGGACCAGGAUCUCGACCUUCCCUAGAGUACAUGAAUUCAUAUCGGUAUCCACUGCAAGCACUGGAGAGGACCGUGUUGACGGAUUCUGAUCAUUAUUCUGAUUCCGAAAUGGAGUCGAGCGCAACAACAAGAGCAGGUCAAUACUACCCGGGUUCAACGUCGGACAACCCGGUUCCCGAGUUCAGAGUGACCACAGACUAUGACGACAAGUCCGAGGAUGGCGGUGACGAAAACAGGGAGGAUGACGAUGACCUGCCCUCAGCCACGGAGAUAGAACGGAUGGAUAUGGAGCAAUUUGAAGAUGACCUGCUUUGCCCUGAGGAUGAAGAGAGUGAGAGCGAUGAUGACAAUGAGCUGAGCGCCUUCAAUCGUGGUCGUCUCGAAAUGCGGCGACAAAUGAGAGCUCUUCGCGGGCAGGAUGAUAUACUACGGAGGCGACGAAUGGCUCCCAGUCUGAUAGAGCCGGUUGGGCCUCCGGCCCGAGGAAGCUCGAGUCAGGCGGGCGGAGCUUCCCAUACCCCUGAGGUGAUGAAACCACACGCUCGAUUUUUCAUCGAGCGGGACAAAAGCAUGGUCAGCAUUAAAUUCGACCCGCCACCUUCCGGCAAAUUCAUAUUGAUCAAACUGUUUAGCCCCUAUAAGGGAGGCAACAUUGACAUUCAGAGCAUCAUUGUCUACGGUUUUGCAGGUCCACGAUACUUCCCUGCGGGCCAGUUCAGGUAA